AUGGCCGGCGCAUUCACCGGUCGCACCAAGCCGACCAAGGUCAAGAAGCUGCAGCGCACCCAGAAGCGCAAACGCAGCGAUGUCGACGUCGAGAAACUCCAGCAGACCGUCGACGAGCUCGACCCGAAGAACAAUGAAUACAAAAGCUUCACCGACCUUCCCCUCUCCGAGCCGACCAAGGCAGGCCUCAAGGCAUGCCAUUUCGCGGCAAUGACCGAUAUUCAGGCACGCGCCAUUCCUCUAGCCCUCAAAGGUGCCGACAUCCUAGGUGCUGCAAGAACCGGUAGUGGAAAGACUCUCGCCUUCGUGAUUCCCGUCCUCGAGAAUUUGUACCGCUCGCAAUGCGUCGGCGCCGACGCUGGUCUUGGUGCCAUGAUCAUCUCCCCGACUCGCGAGCUCGCCAUUCAGAUUUUUGAGGUCCUGUAUAACAUCGGCAAGAAGGGUCACAUGUUUGCCGCCGGCUUGAUCAUUGGUGGAAAGAGUUUGCAGGAGGAGAGAGACGCGCUGGUGCGCAUGAACAUCGUCGUCUGCACUCCUGGCCGCAUGCUGCAGCACCUGUCGCAGACCGUGGGUUUCAACGUGGAUAACCUGCAGAUGCUGGUGCUGGACGAAGCCGAUCGUAUCCUGGAUAUGGGUUUCCAGCGAGAUCUCGACGCUAUCAUCGACUACCUCCCUAAGCAGAGGCAGACGCUGCUGUUCAGUGCAACCCAGACGAAGAAGGUUUCGGAUUUGGCCAGGUUGAGCUUGCAGGAUCCCGAGUAUGUAUCCGUCCACGAGGCCGCCGAGACGGCGACCCCCAAAUCGCUGCAGCAGAAUUAUAUUGUCACGCCUCUGUCGGAGAAGCUGGAUACCCUAUGGAGCUUCAUCCAGGCCAGUAAGAAGUCCAAGAUCAUCGUAUUUCUUUCAUCCGGAAAGCAGGUGCGCUUCGUUUAUGAGGGCUUCCGCCACAUGCAGCCCGGUAUCCCCCUUCUGCACCUUCACGGACGCCAAAAGCAGACAGCGCGCUUGGAUAUUACGAAGAAGUUCUCAGCGGCCAAGUCUUCCUGCCUUUUCGCAACCGACGUGGCAGCGCGUGGUCUAGAUUUCCCUGCCGUGGACUGGGUCGUCCAGGUCGAUUGUCCUGAGGAUGCCGACACAUAUAUCCAUCGCGUUGGCCGGACAGCUCGUUAUGAGCGUGACGGACGUGCUGUGCUCUUCCUGGAUCCCAGUGAAGAGGAGGGCAUGCUGAAGCGUCUAGAGGCGAAAAAAAUUCCCAUCGAGCGCAUCAAUGUACGGUCCAAGAAGCAGCAGAGCAUCAAGAACCAGCUACAGAACAUGUGCUUCAAGGAUGCGCAGCUGAAGUAUCUCGGACAGAAGGCUUUCAUCUCUUAUGUCAAGUCGAUACACAUUCAGAAGGACAAGGAAAUCUUCAAUCUUCAAAAACUGCCUCUGGAGGAUUUUGCGGCAAGUCUAGGCCUGCCUGGUGCACCGCGCAUCAAAUUCAUGAAGGGCGACAACGCAAAGGAGCUCAAGAAUGCACCUCGCCACGGUCUCUCGUCGUCCGAAGACGAGGACAGUGGCGAGGAAGGUGAUAAGAAGAAGUCCAAGAAGGAGAAGGAGGUCCGCACGAAGUACGACCGCAUGUUUGAGCGUAAGAACCAGGACGUCCUUUCCGAGCACUACACGAAGCUCGUCCGGGAUGAGAACGACGAAGACGACAAGGUUCCCAAUGCCGGUGACUCUGACGAUGACUUCAUGGCUGUCAAGCGUCGCAUUGCUGUCGACGAGGACAUUUCCGACGAUGAUGACGGCGCUGAAGUCUUGGAGGCGCAAGGGAAGAAGGUUGUUAGUGUGCCUGGCGCUAAGGAGCCCAUCCUCAUCGACAGCAAGCGCCGUGAGAAGGAGCUCAAGAGCAAGAAGAAGCUGCUCAAGUACAAGGACAAGGGUCACAGGGUCGUCUUCGACGACGAGGGCAAGCCGCACGAGCUUUACGAGAUGGAAGACGAAGAGGCUUUCAAGGCGAAGGGUACUGCGGAGGAGCAACGGCAACGUUUCCUCGAGGAAGAAAAGCAGCGCGCUGAGGAGGCAGAUGUGGUGGAUCGGGAGACGGCGAAGGAGAAGAAGUUGGCGAAGAAGAUCAAGCGGAAGGAAAGGGAGAGGGCGGAGAGACUGGGCCGCGAUGUGGAUGGCAGCGAUGACGAUGGCGGUGUGCAGCUGGGUGAUGCGGAUGGCAAUGCGUUCGAAGAUUUCAAGAACUUCUUGGCGGAUACCGCGGGAGACAGAAGUGACGGUGAGGAAGAGAGGGAUGAGGAGGAGGAAGAUAAGCCGGCGAAGAAGCGGCCGAAGAAGUGGUUCGAGGAUGAGAGCAGCGGUGACGAGGACGCUGAAGAUAAGAAGAAGAGCAAGAAGGGCAAGAAGAGGGCUAAGAAGGUUCAGGAGGAACCGGAGACGCUGGAGGAUUUGGAGGCAUUGGCUGCUGGUGUUCUGAAUUAG